CAUAGAUAAAGGACUUUGGACAACAAAACUGUGGACGGGGCCUUAACACAAUAGUUGCAGGAGGCACUAGAAAUUGUGAAUUGGGAGUAGAAGCCUUGAAAAGAAGUAGUUAUUCCACAAAUCAAAGAGGAUAUGAAGGAACCUGUGAGUACAGAACUAGCAGCGAAUGAAGACUUGAUGGUGAAGCAGGAGCCCAGUGAGAUAGUUUUCCCUCUAAUCAAGGAGGAGUCGGUGAAUGAACAGUGUGAAGAUAGCUGGCAGCCAGAACCCGGCAGUUCCUCUGCCAGCCAGGACUACACUCUGUGCAAGCAACAAGUGAAGGAGGAGAUAACUAUAGAAGAGCACCCUAUAGCUGCAUCCACAGCAGCUGGAUGGAAUGAACCACACAGCUGUGUGGGUUACCAUGGCAACACUUCAUCAGGAUGCAUGGGCCACAGAUCCCAAGACUCACCAGACACCUGCAUCUUAUUCAAGAGAGAAGUGACCAACACUGACUGCACAAAAUUAUCAAGCUGCACAACAAGUUACCUUGGAUAUACUGAUAACUGUGUUAGCAUACAGGAUAGUUCAUGCACUUAUACACCAACAGUGCAGAACACUAAUAAACAUAGAGGCAAACAACCUUUCACAUGUCAAAUAUGUUUUGCAAAGUUAAGCUGUUCUAGUCAUCUGAGACGACACACUCGUCUACACUCUGGAGAAAAACCUUUCUCUUGUCCUGUAUGUACUGCUAAGUUUAGACAGGCUAGUAAUCUGAAGCAGCACUCUCUUUCACACACUGGAGAAAAACCUUUCUCUUGUACUGUAUGUGCUGCUAAUUUUAGCCAUGCUAGUAGUCUGAAGCAGCACUCUCUUACACACACUGGAGAAAAACCUUUCUCUUGUACUGUAUGUACUGCUAAGUUUAGCCAGGCUAGUAGUCUGAAGCAGCACUCUCUUACACACACUGGAGAAAAACCUUUCUCUUGUACUGUAUGUGCUGCUAAUUUUAGCCAUGCUAGUAGUCUGAAGCAGCACUCUCUUACACACACUGGAGAAAAACCUUUCUCUUGUACUGUAUGUACUGCUAAGUUUAGACAGGCUAGUAGUCUGAAGCAGCACACUCUUACACACACUGGAGAAAAACCUUUCUCUUGUACUGUAUGUGCUGCUAAUUUUAGCCAUGCUAGUAGUCUGAAGCAGCACUCUCUUACACACACUGGAGAAAAACCUUUCUCUUGUACUGUAUGUACUGCUAAGUUCAGACAUGCUAGUAGUCUGAAGCAGCACUCUCUUACACACACUGGAGAAAAACCUUUCUCUUGUACUGUAUGUGCUGCUAAUUUUAGCCAUGCUAGUAGUCUGAAGCAGCACUCUCUUACACACACUGGAGAAAAACCUUUCUCUUGUACUGUAUGUUCUACUAAGUUUAGACUGGCUAGUCAUCUGAAGCGGCACUCUCUUACACACACUGGAGAAAAACCUUUCUCUUGUACUGUAUGUACUGCUAAGUUUAGACAGGCUAGUAAUCUGAAGCAGCACUUUCUUACACACACAGGAGAAAAACCUUUCUCUUGUACUGUAUGUGCUGCUAAUUUUAGCCAUGCUAGUAGUCUGAAGCAGCACUCUCUUACACACACUGGAGAAAAACCUUUCUCUUGUACUGUAUGUACUGCUAAGUUUAGACAGGCUAGUAGUCUGAAGCAGCACACUCUUACACACACUGGAGAAAAACCUUUCUCUUGUACUGUAUGUUCUGCUAAAUUUAGACUGGCUAGUCAUCUGAAGCGGCAUUCUCUUACACACACUGGAGAAAAACCUUUCUCUUGUACUGUAUGUUCUGCUAAGUUUAGACUGGCUAGUCAUCUGAAGCAGCACUCUCUUACACACACUGUAGAAAAACCUUUCUUUUGUACUGUAUGUACUGCUAAGUUUAGCCGGGCGAGUCAUCUAAAGCAGCAUGUUCGUAAAUAUUCUGGAGAAAAUGCUUUCCAGUAAAGGGAAUGUUUGUUACAUUAGUAUCCUUGGUAAUCUUAACUUUAUGCUAUACAUAUGCUCUAUUAUAACAUCUCAAAUUUAAUAUAUAUAUAUAUAUACAGGGCUAGAUUUUAAGGAAUAUUUUAACCUGCCCAACGGACAGGUGUAAUCGAAAAUUUGCCUGUCCGCCAUCCAAUUUGCCUGUCCGCUGUUUUACCCAAAUAAAAAAAAUUUCAAAGUCGCAGAGAAGUGAGAAAAAAGGAUUUUUGCUAUAUUUUGCACCUAUUUUUAUCACACACUUAACAUCCUUAUUUAAUCAUCAUUUUCAGACAAGUCACUGUCCCAAUUACUUGGCUGAAUCUGUCUUGAACAUCUUCGAUAAGGAGUCUGAAAGGGUCGACGUUUUCUCUGAACAUUAUGAUACCAGAGAUUUAUUGCUGGUGCUGGAUCAAACUCACUUUCAGAAGGUGACUGUAUUUGAACACGCAUGAGGGCAGACAGUGUAUCAUCAUUUAGACAGUUUCGCCAGUCUUACCGUGUCCUCUGUAAACAAGUAAUGUUUAUUUUUUGAUGCAACAGUUGACAGGCGAAUUUUCAAGCAGUCGCAGUCACUGCGGCCACUGUCAGCUGCAUCUGGAGUACGCCGUGAAAUGUUAACCACACGAAAACGCUUUUCUGUUAACAAACUAUGUUAAAGUAGAGCAAGGAAUUAGUAAAGUCGCGAUUUAUAAUGACAAUAAAUUUAAAAAAUUAUAUUUUGAAAGUAUACAACGGUAAAUUACGUAAUUGUUGACUGUACUGCAACGAAAUUAAUAUUAAAACAUGGCAACAAAAACAAACAUCAUCGGUGUGAGACGUUUUGCAUCUCUAGCAUACGAAUACGACUAUGUUACGUGAAUCAUGACGUGAACGUAAGAUUUUAAGAAUUAUGAUUCAGAAGAUUUCAGCACGGUUUGUACAUAACCUACUUUUUUUUUUCCGCGGUAUACAAUAGCCAGAGUCUUGUCACAAAAGAGCAGCCAUUAUUGUUUAUUUAUAGAUAUUGUCAAAGACGUUUUAUUUGCGGUCGCGGUCGCAUAAAUGUUAUUAAUCACCUCUGCUGCAUUAGUGCGUGCGAAUAACCUCGGCGUCACAAGUUGCACCUGUCCACCGGACAGUUGCCUUUUUUAUUUUGCCUGCCCGGACGAGAUUUUGCCUGUCCCGGGCAGGCGGACAGGCGCUAAAAUCGAGCCCUGUAUGUGUGUAUGUGUGUGUGUGUGUGCACACACACACACACACACACACACACACACACACACACACACACACACACACACACACACAGAGUAGAACCCCGAUUUUGCGAACACGGAUUUAACGAAAACAGCGAUUUAACGUAAAGGUUUUCAGGAACCAUCAAAAAACAUCAAUUUAUUAAAAUAAUAAUAUAGAUUUCCAAAAAAUGUAAGUAAAUUGUAACGGAAACUUAUUAAAAAAUACACUCUGUGGUGUCAGUAAUAGAAUGGAGGUACUAUAUAUUAAUAUGUGCCUUUGUAUCAUCUGUCCAAUCACAAAAAAUAAAAAAAAUUGUUCAAAUUGCUUAUAAACCCCGGGCGCUGUAACUGAAUUGCGUAGGUGCGUGCCAUUGCGCGCGCCUGGAUAGAUAGACUGUCCGCGACACAUGACGUCAUGAAGGGUUUCUUUGUCCGCAUCCCCCUCCCCCUACCUUGUCCCUGGCUUGACUCACCGCGUUAUCUUCCAAUCACGCCCGCAUAGUAACAGUGCUAAUCACACGUUUCCAAAUAUUCCUUUUCCCAUCCUCCAGGUUUUUUCAACUUGUGAGCACGUCACACCAAUACGGCAUUAUAAUUAUUUUCAGUAAGAGCUUAGUGCGCGGUGUUUAGUUUUUUGAAUACAUUUUUUAUAAGUGCUGUUCGGACUUCGAUGUUUUGGAGUAGAUAAUCACAGCGACAGACCGACAGGAUGCGCUCCCACCCUUGCCGUCAGCGAUGUUUAUUUUGACAGCUCAAGCAGUUAUCUUUCCCACGUCCAUUCGCAGCGUAAAAAAAAAAACACGGGGGGAUUGCAGAUGGAAAAGUAACUAUGCAUUAAAUCAGAGGAGAGGCGUGAGGUUUACAUGAGGGAAAGCAACAACUCUGUUCACCCCAAAACAUCGGGGGGGGGGGGGGGGGGGGGGGGGGGGGUGAUCCGGGGGCCCUCCCCCGGGAAAAUAUUCAUUUCAAGGUACAAAAGGGUGCUAUUUAAGUCGUUUUCUUAACUGAAAAUUGACUGUUCCACAGGUAGAAAAUUUGACAUUUUUUUAAAAUGAUAAACUAUUUUUGAAAAAUAAUAAUGUUUGGCAUACAUUAUUCUGAUAAUAAAAUACCUACUCUACAUUAUUUAUAUACUAAGUGGGAGUGUAGUAUCAUCAAUAUCUGGUACAAAAUAUAUAAACAGACAACACAUGGCAAAGUAAGUACUUAAAAUAAAGAGAAUAAGCUCAUAAAAAUGUACUAGAAUAGUAAAAAUUAAAUGUUGGUAUUUUUUGUACCAACACGAAAAAAAACUAUCUUCAUACGUAUUCAGAAACUCUGUUAACUGGUACGUGGUUAUUCACAGUCACUUCAGCGAGAUUGCUACUCUCGAGUUGGGCUCCCGUAUCCGCCACCCGCGGGACGCGGUCGGUAGAAGAUGGCGCUGCUAGGCCGCCUCCCGUACGCCCACAAAUCCCCCACGCACUGCCAGCCUUUGGUUACCCAAUAGGGCGCAGGGAACUCCCAGCCAACAGCCCGCGACAGAGAUGCGCGCGCCCCGAGAGACGACCGCCGACUGAAACGCGACCUCGCCACCUGCCCUGCCGAACUGUGGCGGACAUAGCCGAAGCAGUCGGCGGAAGAAUUCCACCGUCUGCUUCGGCCAUGUUCGCUUGAGUUCGGCAAGAAAGCGCUACCUUCGUAGCUUCUACCACAUGUUUUUACAGCCAAUCCCCUCCUCGAACCUUUGUACCAUGCCACCCCCCUUCCGAGAGGAAACUACUGCGGCAGCCUUUCUGCUGAAAGCGGUCCUACCAGCGCUUCUAAACCUAGCAACGCUUCUAAAACAGCAUGUUUUGUGUGUCAACGAGUUCUUUUCUUAUAGCGCACAGUGCACAGUAUUGGGUCCCAAGAAGAUAGUGUAAAAAAUACAUACACCUAACUGCACUAGCAGAAGUAAAAUACUAUUCUGAAUAAAAUAUUUAUUUAAAAAAUACAUUGUCUGCAAACUGCCUGGGCAAGCACAUCUUGCCUUGCUUGCCCUGACGAGACACCACUGAUUAAAAAAAAUAUAUUUACGGCCCUGCUAAAUUUUUCUAUUCAAUAAAAUUCGAGGUAUUAGUGAUUUUUCAGCAGAAACUGCUGUGUGACUAAUAAACAAAUUGUAUCAUAAUAACUUAAACUUAUAAAGUAUUUAUUAACGGCGAAGGACAGUCAUAUAAGCCCAUAAAAAUAUUUAUUUUACAGAGAAUGGACUAUACAACCUGGCUUUUGCCGCACUCGGUGUGGGAGGGGAGGAGGAUGCUGACAGUUUCUCACGCAGUAGUUUGUAAUAAGGGAGGGAAUGUGUUGAAAUGUUAGUUGAUAAAAAAAGGGGGGGGGGGUGUUUUUACAUGGUUUGUAGCUCUGGGAGGGAUAAGCCUUGAAGAAUUAGCAGGGGAUGGAGAGGUAAGCGUCACGUCACAUGACGUCAAGCCGCCGCUACCGCCAGCCUGGCCGGACGAGUUUCUUACGCACUCGCAGAAGCUACCACAGCGGCUUUUCGUGUGUGCGGGCGGGUAAGAUAACAUGGCAGCCGAGACGGCUUUUCGUGUGAUAGUGGAAACGCCGAGCUCUGCUAGACACUGCCGCGUGCAUCGGAGGGAUUCUACUGUACAUGACAUUAUUUACUGUUUUUGGAUAUCGGCUUUGUUACGUUUUUUUGACGAUUCGUUUAUGUUACUGGUAUUAGAACUGGACUAAACUGGGACACGGGCGGUGGAGCUUUUAUUUUUUUUCCGCUAAGCUCGCGUCUAUUGGCUGGCUGCUGAUGGAAGGUCACGAGUCUGGGCUGAGCGUUGAGUGAGUUAUACAGCGCAUGCACAGCUAAGCGAACAGAGAGAGCCAGCCGGCGGCUACACCGCGCCGUAACAACAGCUGACUGAGUAAUUAAUUACCUUUCUCCGCGUACGGCACGCUAUAUCUAUCAAUUUGCGGCCAUUUUUUUUUUUUAAUUUUUUACUGUGACGCAAUGUGUAUGUAGUUUGUAUUUGUUAUAAACGCUGCAGGUUGCGACUGUAUUUUAAUAAACUUUAACAUAUUUCUUACACUUUUCAUAUAUUUUUUUGCCUAAUUUUUCACGGUUUCUGAAAAUCUGUACGUACGACUGAGGUGUACGUACGAACCGGGGGCCGUACGAGCGAGAUCAAAAACGUUUAAGAUGGAAAGUUGACAAAGUCUGAGAUAGCACGACAGCACAAGAUAUCGGCGUCGACCCUGUCUACGAUAUGGAAACGUAGGGACGCGAUUAUAGGUGCGGGGGUCAUUGAAAAUCGGUAAAUCGGAUUUAACGAAACAUCAAUUUAGAGUAAACAUUUUCGGUAACCAUAGCACAUUGUUAAAUCGGGGUUCUACUGUGUGUGUAUGUGUGUGUGUGUCCGUGUGUGCGUGCGUGCGUGCGUGGGUGUGUAUAUACGGCUAGAAAUUAACGGCUUCUGUGGGUUUUAGAGAUAAAGUUAUGAUAAGUUAUUAAAAAACAGCAGUAUAAUUUUUUUUCCAAGGUGAUCAAAACCGAAGAAUUUUCAAGGAAAAUAUAUUUGUGGUUUUUGCAAUGUUCGUAUGGACUGGAUGCAUAGGUAGAGCUUAUGUGUUAAUAUUAAACUAAAUAUAUGAAACAAAAAACUAGACUGCAAAUUUAUUGAUACUGGUGGGGAGAGAGAAUGGUAUCAGAAAUAAUCAACUAAAAAAACGUAAUGGGCUAUGAAGUAAGGCAUGAGCAUAAUCAGAAAAUUUGCAAGGGCAUUGGUUAUAAGUGUGUGACUCUUGAAACUAGGUACCUCAGAUAAACACAAAAUAAAUAAAUAUAGUUUAUAUUAUUUGUUAUUUAAAUUACAUUACAAAUUUGGUUAUACUCUUUAUUCUAUUAAGUUGUUCCUUCCUCAGUACAAUUAAGUUUUAAUUAUGAUUUUGAAUAUUAGGUUAGCUAUAAUUGGUAAUACAUAACCAAUCGUUCAAAUGCAUCCAAAGUAUUUUUAAUGUAGUUAACCGAGUCUAACUAACUGUCAUCACUAUUUUUAAUGUAGCCAACCUAUUUCAACUUAUUAUGAUAUCACACUUAUUGUAACAUAUAAAAGCUAACCUAACCAUGCAGAGUUUUAAAUUACUAGUGACGAACUGGAAAGAUUGGAAAUGUUGGGGAGUAAAAUUGCAACUUAUAAUAUUUUGUUCUUUAAAAGAGGUUUUCCUUCAGACCUACCAUAAAUUAAUUUCAAUAGUGUGAGUUCUACCGAAUAAGAACAUAUUUUAGGUGCGAAUGUAGUUCUUUGCUAUUGUUUUCUUCGAAGAAACAUGUUUUAUUCUGUAAUUAUUAAUUUCAUUUUGGUAUGUUUUGCAUUUUACUAUGAAAGUGGGGUGAUUUGAACGGCACAUACUACCUUCUUUCCCUGCAGAAAAGGUGUCGACAGCAAUUUUUGCAGCAGGAUUGGUUGUGUCUGAUAGGUCAGGGAAAUUUGUGAGUUCAGGUGUGGAAAACCUGGAAAAGUAAGGGAAUUCUGGUAUUCCAAUCUUAUAGCAACCAUGAUUUAUCAAUUACUGUAUUGUUCGGGUGUUUCCUGUAUAAUAUAUUUUUUGUGAGGGGAAAAAUAUUUAGUGUUCACUUCCUCGGGAGGCAGUUACUUUUUUUUUUUUUCCAGGUAAUUGUCGCAACCAAUCAGAAUAGACUUUGUAAUAUCUUGUUUUGUUCCUUACUUUUAUGCCUAGAUGUAAGAGUAAAGUACUGCAUGUAGUGUUGUGUCCUUGCAUGGAGAAGCUGUGCGGAUGGACGGAGCUAUGCGGCUACCUCUCCUGCGUGUUUGGACGCAGUUGUGUCGCUUCUUUAGUGUCGGCUCGAAUGUUGAUAGGUUAACGUCGUGUCGUUCAGAGGCUCAAAGCCAUAAGUUGAAUGUAGCUAAGAGACAAUUUUACGUCUACAGAUCCGAGCUGUGCCAUGUAUCAACCUUCGUUUCGGAACCAAGAACUAGAAUAUAGUUUUGACCGUAGAUGUCGCCGUGAGUCCAUGUUACUAUCGUAGUGUUAUGUAGACGUUCAUCGCAUGGACUUUAUUUUCCUUGUAGGUACGGUGGAUGCAAAGUGCGCCCGGAAUUAAUUAAGUUGUUAUUUUUCUGCUAGAAUUUUACAUUGUGUUGUGGCCAUCAUGAACGGGAAAAGUAGGUUUUUUUUAAUAACUGUGUGUAACAUAAUCAAAAUUGUGUUAUGAUGGAUAUUGUGUGUAUCUUCAAUGAUGGUAAAUAAAUUUUCAAAAA